AUGCCAGAUCCCAGUCAAAGGGAUCUGAUGUUGCAGCAGGAGGCCUCCCAGCAGAUAGGGGGCAGAGUAGAACUCAGUGAAGCAGAGCAACACCUCAACACCAUCCUACACAAACUGAAAGAGCAUGACAUGACUGCCCCACAGUUCCCACCUGCCAUGCACUUCUUCAAAGCACGGAAUCUCAUUCAGAGGAGCCCAGUCUUUAGACUGAUACAGAAAAUGCCUAAAGGAGCAGCACUGCACAUCCACAGCUCAUCCUUGGUGAGUGAGGACUGGCUGGUGAAGAAUGUGACAUACAGGCCAAAUUGCUACAUCUGCUUCACCUGGGACCAGUCAGUGCGAUUCCUCUUCUCAAAUCACACGCCAUUCCCACGCUGGGGCUGCUCCUUCUGGAAACUACUGGAGACUCUGAGAGCUAAUCUGAGAGAUCCAACUGACUUUGACAACAGUUUGAUGCAGAAUCUCACUCUGUUCACUGAGGAUCCUGAAAAAGCUUACCCAACCCAAGAGUCAGUGUGGGAAAGGUUUGAGCAGAUUUUCCUCGCCGUCUCUGGGCUGAUCACUCAUGCGCCUGUGUUUAAGGACUUUGUUUACCGAGGUCUGGAACAGCUUUAUAAUGACAAUGUCAUGUACCUGGAGCUGAGGACUGGCCUUUCAAGGACAUAUGAGCUGGAUGGGACGAUCCAUGACCAGGAGUGGUCCUUACGGGCUUAUAAAACUGUAGCACAACAGUUCAUGGAAAAGCAUCCUGACUUUCUUGGAACUCGAAUAAUCAUCACUGUCCAUAGGGUACUUAGUGUCUCUCAAGUUAAAGCAGCCAUUAUGGAGGCCAUAAGGAUGCAGAAAGUUUACCCUGAGAUUGUUGCUGGCUUUGAUUUGGUGGGGCGAGAGGACAGUGGUAGGUCCCUCUGGUAUUUUAGGGAGGCAUUGUCACUGCCAUCUGAGCUUGGCAUUUCUCUCCCAUUUUUUUUCCAUGCUGGAGAGACUGACUCAGAGGGCACAGAGGUGGAUGAGAACAUAUUGGAUGCUCUACUGUUUAACACCAGCCGCAUUGGGCAUGGCUAUGCCCUCACACAUCACCCCUUGGCUAAAGAAGUCUCCAGAAAGAGAGGAGUAGCAGUAGAAGUGUGCCCAAUCUCAAACCAGGUUCUGAAACUUGUCUCAGACCUGAGGAACCACCCUGCUGCCGUGCUGAUGGCAGAGGGGCACCCAGUUGUGAUCAGCUCUGAUGACCCAGGCAUGUUUGGCUCCAGUGGACUCUCCUAUGACUUCUACGAGGCCUUUGUGGGAAUUGGCGGGCUGAGUGCUCAUUUGGGCACACUGAAGGAGCUGGCAAUGAAUUCCAUCAGGUACAGCUCUCUGUCGCCCUCUGUCAAAGACAGAGCCAUUGCCAUAUGGCAGAGGAAGUGGGAUAACUUCAUCUUGGAGAAUUCACCUCAGAGAUUUGCAACAGAUAAAAUAUGA